CCACGUACCUGAGCAAGCAUGGGCUAGCUGGUUAGGUGACGGCUAUGCACGGUUGAAGUGAGUGGGUGGUUGGGUGGCUGUCACCCUGGUACGUUGGCGCGGCGGGGGCCAUGGGUGGGCAACCGGGCACAGGCGGCAUCUGCCCGGGUCGAUCUGAUGAGAAGACUGUGAUGAUGAUGACGGAAAUGAUUCUGCAGGAACUCGAGGAAUCGUCGGAGGACGGAAUUCUCCCUCCUUGACCACGUGUCAAACGGCUGUUGUUGGAAAGCUCGUCAGCCAAUUAAUUUUCGACUUUCGUUCGUCGAGGACUGAGGACGGCCGCUUUCUGUGCCUCGUCGUCUUUUUCUGGCUUUGCUCGACUUGUCCAAGUCCGACCAGCAAAGGGGAAAGCAGGGCAUAUUCGCGCAGGUGUUGCCCGCAGGCGGGGGUGGGGGGGUAAAGGAGAGAGAGAGAGAGAGAGAGAGAGAGAGAGAUGGCGAAAGUGAGGCGCGGGGUAGAUCAUGUGGAAUGGUGGGAGAAGGAGGGAAAUAAGAAAGAGCUGCCGCUACCCCUGCUGGACGAGAAGGUGAGGUUCGUAGAGAAGGACGAUCGUGGUGGUGUGGUGAUUGGCAGGUGUGCAAAUCAGGUAGCAGGUCAUAAGUACGAAGAGGGUUAUCUGGGCUGCCUGACAGAUAGCCGCGGGGUGUUUUACAAGCCGCUGGAAGACGGAGCUAGAGGAGAUCGAGAGGUAGCCUUCUAUCAAUCUAUAUCUGCCGAAAAUGCCUUACCAUCGUGCAUUGCGAACUUUUUCCCCCGGUACUUUGGCGUUUACGAUCUGGCGGUUCCUGCAACCGUCCUGCAUGGCGAAGACGACAAGGACGAUGCCGAGGAGGCAGAGGAAAACGAAAGGGAGAAGAGGAACCAGGAGGAGGCCAGCGAGCAGCACAAACCGAGCCCCCGGCAGAGGAGGAAGAAAAAGAAUAAGAAAAAGAACCGAAGUGAGGCGAGUGACAAACAACGGGGGGUGGUUGUUCCUCGCAGCAGCAGCGGCGGCAGUAGCGUCAGUAGCAGCAGCAGGUAUCUGGCCCUGGAGGAUCUGACGGCGGGGUAUACUUGUCCGUCCGCCGUCGAUUUGAAGAUCGGUAAAAAGACGUGGCAUAUUGGUGAGAGCGAGGAGAAGAUCAGGCGGCGGAAGGCAAAGGACGCGAAAUCGACGGCGGGGAGUUUGGGAGUGCGGCUAUGCGGCAUUCAAGUGCAACUGCCGCCGCGCAACCGUCGCAAGGCGUCCACGUGGCGCGGGGACAAGCUCCUGGGGAGAGCAUUGUCCGAGUCGGGGUUGAAGACGGCCUUGAGAGGGUUCGUGUCAACGAACGAAGGCUGGUGGAGGGGAUUACUUAAUGCAGAAAAACGUGGAGAAGGUGGUAAUGAGAGAGUCGGGGGGGAGACGGACGAGGAGGUACCACCGCAGCCAGACUGUGCGCUGGCUAUGGAGGUUUAUGGCGGCGAGUACGGGUUAAUCGCACAGCUGCGGAGGCUGGAGUCGUGGUUCGCCGAGCAAUCCAAGUACCACUUCUACUCGAGUUCCGUGUUGUUGAUUUAUGAGGGUGGGGAGGUGGGAGCGGAGGUGCGAGAUAAGAAACAAAAAGGUGCCACGCGCGAUGUUAUGCAGCAAGGAAGGGAGGGCUUGAAGGUAGGGCGGGAAGCAGGGAGGACGGUCACUCCGAGAAGACCGGAUUCCGCUGUGGUCUUGCCACCAGCAGAAGAAGAAAAGGGAGGAGCGGAAAGGAUGCAGAAGGAGAAGGGGCAGGAGAAGUGCGGUCCUUUUUGUGUCACUAUAAGCGAGGGAGGGAGGAGGGCUGCCAAGGCCCGCGUUGUAGAUUUCGCACAUACAUUGAGUGCUGGAGGGGAGACUGAUGCUAACUUCUUGAACGGCCUGCGGGUUCUCAUCCGCCUGCUCUCGGACAUUCUGACCGAGAUCUCAUCUUCAUUGUCGUCGUCGUCAUCAUCUCUUCCUUCUGCUUCUUCAUCUUCGUAGGUUGCAGACCCCCUUGAUUGCCUACGCAGCCCUUUCUUCCUCGUUUUGUGUUUUUAUGGGUUCAUCGAGUGUUUUUGGUGGCGUUUUUCGAUUCCCUCUUUGAGUUCGGGUACUACUAGACAAUUUUAGUCUCGGUGCGUGUCUUUCCGUCUUCACGUGGUUUAGUGCCAUCCCUCCUCUCCCCUCUCCUCCGUAUUUCCCCAUACCUCCCAAUGACCACAUCGAUCAAGGAUUCUUCGAGGCGUCCCCGCCAAAAAAAUGGAAAGAGAAUAAAUGGCGCGCGCGGGCUACCAGUCAACGAUCCUCCUUUCAUUCGCCAGUUAUUUGUUUCAUUCAGUGGUUUGCUUUUCAGUUGUUUCUUUUGGAUGUGUUGUUCGUCUUUUUCUUUCAAUAAGUCUCACCUUCCCCGCCUCCCUCAAGCAUGUUCUUUCUCUGCCUCCCUCAAGCUUCUUUCUCGCGCAUGUUGUGCGCGCGAAGAACCAGAAGCAGAAGGCGAAGAUAAGGGGAUAGCAAACUGGAAAAACCGUAUUGUAUUGGCGUGUACCUCCCCCUCUGUGGGGGAAUUAACUUACCGACGCGAGACGGGCCAAAGCAGGGUUGUGAAAUUUUCUUUGCUGUCAGUCUUUGCUCGGACGGGUGUUGUGAAUCUCGGAGAAUCAGGCGUCACGAGGACGGGGAAGUUGACGAAGGCGAGGAAGAUGACGGCAAGGAGAAGACUAAGGAUAUCUAUCGAUGAUGGUGAAAGCUCCCGAUCGCAUCGACUCCCGUUGUUGUCGAUGGCGGUGGGCUGUUAGUCUAUGAUCAGCGAUGGCGAUGAUCUAUGAUUAUGCAGGUUGGUGCGACUUGCUGUAUGUAUGAGCUUUUGUAUUCGUGAUGGCCCGAUGAUUAUGAUUGAUGAUGAGAGGACGAGUGGAGAGGAUUUUUAGACGUAUCGCGACUGGUGAAGCAAAGCAGCUGUUUUCUGCGCCGUUGAUCUGCAGGGUGUGUUUGAAGGGGGAGAGCAAUCAACUCCGUUCCCGCUC